CGCGUUGUUUUCGUUUGAACUGUUUUGGAAAGUUGACAAGCAUGGGUUGUUACGGGAUUAAUGAAUAAAAACACGCCGAUUCUUCCGACGUUUUAGUGGAAAGAGGAGCAAGAAUGAAGUACCUUAUUGCGACCCUUCUAUAUGUCACAUGUGUGCCUAUUUUAGCAAAGAGAUUCAUACAGUUCAACGAAGAGCCUUCAGAUCUGGUUGCGUUGAGAAAUAAACCAGCGGAACUUCGAUGUAAUAUAACGGCAAAGGGUAAACUUGUCAUAUCAUGGCUAAAGGAUGGUGUAAAAUUGAAUCUUACAAAUACUACACAAAGGACUAUCUUGCCACAUGGGUCAUUAUAUUUUAACCCAAUCAGAAGGAAAAAAAGGUAUUCUCCUGAUACAGGUGAAUACAGAUGUGUAGGUGAAACAAUAGUCAAUGGGCAAACUUUUAAAAUACAAAGUCGAAAAGCAAAGUUAACAGUUGCAACCAUAUCAAAAUCGUUCGCCAUUGUGCCUCAAAAUGUGACCUUGAACGAAGGUGAGACAGCAUUCUUUGAGUGCAAAAUAAAAAGAAGUCAUCCCAAAGCCACAGUGACAUGGAAGAAAGUUGGCAAGAAUACAGACCUAGCACUAAAUCCUAGAUUUGUUGUGUUUCCCUCUGGGAUACUUGAAAUACAUAGUGUACUGGCAAGUGAUGCAGGGACUUAUGAAUGCGAAGUAACAAAUAAAGCAAUUACAACGAGAAAUCCAAAAGUCAAAGCUCAACUAAACAUUAAUACAGCAUCAGUCGCUCCAAAACCAAGCAGCUACUUGGUGAAACCAAAAAAUGUUGUUACCUUGCAUAACAAGGAUGUUAUCCUUGAAUGUAUUGUCACUGGUUACCCAAAACCUCAAGUUGAGUGGUAUAAGGAUGGAAACAGGAUCACCUUAACACAGUCUGGCCAUUAUAGCAAAUUUGGUUCAAGUAGCUUAAAGGUUUCCUCAGUACAGACUGCCGAUGGUGGCAAGUAUGAAUGUGUUAUGGGAACAGACAAAGCUGAAGCCAAUCUUCAAGUUAUUGUCCCACCACAGUUUAAAGUUUCUCCAAGAGAUGUUAAAACAGUAGCUAAUAAGGACGUAACAAUGCAAUGCGAAGCUACUGGCAAUCCAAAGCCUAAAAUAACUUGGUAUAAGAAUGGUAACGCUGAAGAUGUACAAGUUGAACAUAUUGAAAUGACAGACAAGGAAAUAACAAUAAUGGAAGUGUUGGAAAGUGAUGGAGGAAUGUACCAAUGUUUUGCAGAAAACCAGGGAGGGGAAAUUAUGGCUUCUGCGCAACUUGAUAUAUAUGGUGGUCAUACAACCACAUCACCACCAUUAAUGGAGGCACCAAGUCAACCAAAAGAUGUGAAAGCCAUUGCUGAAAACUCAACGACAAUCCGUCUGUUCUGGCAAGCCCCUGACAAACCUAAUGGCAAAAUCAAGGAAUAUACAGUUAUCAUUCAACGCCAAAGUGUUACAGGAGAUAUGGUGCUUGUACCGAGAAUGCCAACUACACAAGACACUCAAUUAAUUGUUAGCAAUCUAGAGCCAGCCACUCUCUAUCAAUUCAACGUAUAUGCGUUGAAUGAACAUAAUAAGAGAGGACAACUGAGCAAUGCCAUUCAAGAAUUCACAUCGCAGAGAAAACUUUCAGCAUUAGGGCCACCGCGUGAUGUUCAAGUGCUUGCAAUUAGUUCUAUGGCGUUGAAAGUGUCGUGGAAACCACCUUUAAAUAACCUGCAAGUGAUAAAGAACUAUUCUAUCAAGUACCGCGAUGUUGAUCGCAAUACAGCAUGGCGUACCGAGUCAUCUUUGAGACAUAAUGUUGUUUUACUCAAACUGCGGCCCUACACUGCCUAUGCAGUAAAAGUCACGGCCCAUACCGCGCUUGGGCCUGGGCAAACUUCAUCCGAAAUCGUUGGAAAGACUAAAAGUGGAAAACCCAAUGGUAUAGAAAAUGUAGUGUUAGUUGCUUACCAAGAUGUCCUUGUAGCCAGAUGGGACCCACCGUCCCAUCCUAAUGGUAAUAUCACUGGAUAUUUAAUGAUAUUGAAGAACGAAAACUCGGGUGUAAUUUCCAACUCUACGAGCAAGGACAGUGAUUAUGUUUUUAUGAAUGUUCAAAGAUCCGUAACGUACGCGUUCAGAGUUGCAGCAGUCACAGAGGCUGGUCGUGGAGAGUUUAGCGAGUGGACAAGAAAGCGUACUCCACCGCCAGAUACAACCGAGGACGAGGUUCCUGGAAAGCCAAGCAAUCUACAAGUCCGUGUUGUACUGGGGAUAGUUAAGAUUAGCUGGGAUCCACCCAAGGAAAGUCAUAUAGUCGUGCGUGGUUAUGUUCUCAGCUAUGGCAAGCUUACGCCUGACGACGCCUCCAAAGUUUUACCAAAUAUUACCACGUCAUAUCUUCUUCGGAAUUUACAACCCGAGACUAUUUACAUCAUUCGUGUUCGGGCGAAAAAUAAAAUGGGACAAGGACUUGAAGCAUUGGACCGCGUCACUAUUCCGCGAAUGAAGCAACCAAAUGGCAUUUACAACUUGCAAGCUAUCCCGUUUAAGAGGAGAUCUAUGCGACUUUCAUGGAUUGAUCCCACCAGUAAUUUACGACCAUACGUUGGAUACACUGUCAGGUUUAAAAAAGACCACAAGACGCAACAACUUAACGUCACGAAAGGAACCGCAUUAGUCGUCAAAAACCUUCGUCCGGGCAUGAAGUACACAUUCCAAGUGCAGAGAAAUGAUGAACGAAAUUAUAUCGAAGUUUCGAACAGCACAAUGGAAGAAGUACCAAGUGCUCCGAAAGAUCUCACGGUAACGAUUUCAUCGGAAAUAUCGACCGUUAAAGUGCAAUGGAAUGCUCCGGAUCAGCCUAAUGGAAAACUGAGUAGCUAUAAAAUAUGCUGGCGGCGGGAAGAUGAUCUUCGUAACUACAACUGGACGUGCAAGGUUGUGAAGUCUUAUGUUUUGAACGACCAUAUAUCAAAUAUCGAACCGAAAUUGAAAUAUUCUGUAAAAAUACUGGCAAAAAAUCGCGCCGGUGAAGGAGCGUUCUCAAAAUCUUUCAAAUUUUAUGGAGACUCCAUUAUACCUUUGCCUAAUCUUACCCCUCCAACAAAAGAUCAAUCGUCCAACGGCACUAACAAUACCGAUGACCAUCCUGAUGGAAUCUUUAACAAAAAUUUCACGAAGCCCAGAGGAACACCAACUAUAGAAGACGGCAAAAGACUAGCAGGGGCUACUACGGAGGGUUUAUCGGACGAAGAGAGGACGUUAUGGAUAGUUAUUGCUGUUAUCGCUGCUGUAACUUUAGUUGCCAUAGUAAUCAUUAGUAUUGUACUUUGCAAGAAACGGGCCGCAUGCGGGACACCAACCAUAGCCAGAAAACCACCAGCAGAUCCUUACAAAGCUGUUGCUAAUGGCAACAGUAAGAAAAAACCGAAUAAAGAGAAAAAUUUUUGGAUCAAACAAGAUAAUAUGGAGUUGGAACCAUGUGUGAAGACAACGAGUGAGGAUUUCGUUACAUCAACGAUUCCAAGAAGUGCUGAUGAGAUGAAACCUCUGGAUAGUCCUUUCCAGUCAAGAAAAGACCGCAAUUCUCUCGAGGAUGACGAAGAUGAUCCAGUAGAACAAGACCAUCGGGAGGAACCUCCUCCGUACCGACAUAGAGAGGACUAUCAACCAAUACCUGUAUUCCCGGCGAAGCAAAACAAUAUCCAUAUUCAGAAAUCACCAUUUGCCCCUCAAGAUCCUGACGAAUUCCCACCACCACCCCCUGAGGGUGUGGAUGAAAUUCCGGACGAAGGACCAUCAAGUGACUACGGUUCAGAGGAGCUUGUCUCUCCGAAAUGUGACACAGAUGAACCAGCUUCGGUUAAGUUCAUACCAAAGAAUUCGCCGAACGGUUGCGUCAGCGUCGCCUCUGACUACAGUUACCCGGUGAACAAGGGUGUUCACGAUAUCGACGCGAAUAAUCUUCAGAACCUUAUGAAAGAUCUAGACGCAAUCAUGGCCAAGGAAGAUAGAGUUUAACAAAUCAAUGAACUUCAAAAAGUUCGUGGUCUAUAUGUGCAGUCUGGAUGGACAGUGCUUGUAUAUAAUACAAGACAAACAUGUCACGUGCGUUAGUCGUUACGACGUUGUCAGAAUAUCGAUUUGAUCACCACAUUGUACCAACUUAUAUCGAUUUCCCAUUAUUCACGAGCGAAGGAAAUGAACUAUAUACUAUAGAAAGUAUAAGGACAUAAUUAUAUGUCGAUUACCAUAUAGCCAUGUUUUAUCUAGGACAUAGAUUUAUUCCAUGCAAUUCAGUGUAAAAUAAUGCAAACUAUAUUUUUUUACCACGCGUGUAUCUGCUUUUAACUGUGCAGAAAUCAAAACUCUACAGUCUACAU